AUGCCCACCACCCGGCGCAGCAACGGCCCCGCGCAAAAAGGCACCCAAAGAACCCUCUCCUUCAACAACUCCACCAAAAUAACCAAAGCCAGCACACCCUCCACGCUCACAACCAAAAAUUCCCUCACCAACCCCCCAUCCCUUAAUCCCUCGAAACCUUCCCCAGAAAUUAAAGACAUCACCACCGCAACCGAAGAAUCCACACCAAGCACCCGUCCUCCUAAAAAGAAGAGAGGAAGAAAAAUACCGCCAGUAGAACGAGCAUAUAUCGACGAAUUAAUGGGCACUAAAGAAGUCAUCGGCGGGGAUGCGGUUUAA